AUGGCGGACGACGAUCCAAACGGGAUUCUGGGUCGCGGCGUCAAUGGCGAUGUUGACAGCCAAAGUGACGACCAGCGGACUCGAAUGAAGUAUUGGACAUGGCGAGUUAACCGCUUCUGGCAGUAUGCCAAUGAAGAAUUUGAGUCAUGGGAAGAGGGCAUCCGGGGCACCCAGGAGGACUGGGCGAUGCUCUGGUUCGAGCUCUUGAUCCGCGACAUCCUCGGCGGCCUUUCAAGAGACUGCACCAAGCCCGGCACAAUCAUUGGGGAGUCGAGGGCCCAAUUCAUUCGUGCUGUGGAGGCCCUCGUUAACGCUACGACGAUAUAUGUCACCGAUAACCUGGCGUUCCUUACCGGGCCACGCGUCGCGCAAUGGCGUGAGCUCGUGGACGAACUGAGCCGGGCCCCGUACAACCAGCUUGAUGAUCGUAUCUUCGGGUGGGUCGAGCAGGCCACAGCCCUGGUAGAUGAACGCGCACCAGCACCUGAUCCCGCCGAGGCAUGGAACUUCGGCGGACUCACGAACAGCGCCGAGUUCGAAGCUGCCUACGCCCGCUUUGAAGGUCUUAGAGAGCAGACCGUUGGCAACGAAGAGGAUCGCAGAGAACUGCUUUGGGAGUCCCAGGAGGUUCUCGCAGAGGCUCUCGAAGCCGUGUCCUUGGAUGCCAACUUCGCCCACAACGUCUUGGACGCACCGGAGGCAUUAUUUGCCGACGCAACACGGCCCACGUAUAUCGACUUUGCGCACGACACCCUCGAGGCGAUCGAGGGGCGAGACGGCCGGCAGGGCGUGCUGGCCCUCAAGCGGUCGCUCGGCUGCACCCUCACGCCCGCGGAGGAGGCCCAAGUGAACAACGGUGCAGCCACGCCGGUACCAGGCAGCCUCAAGAGAGGCCCUCCCAAAGAGUCCCCGAGCGGAGGACCGGCUCCUAAGAAACCGAAGGCUGGUGGAUACAGCAUGACAGAAGAAGAGGCCUUGGAUGACGUUAACGACAUAAGACGUGCUGUUAUUCGAAAAGGUGUUACUAAGUUCCGCCCCGCUGUCAGAUCGGAUAGACUAGUUACACCUACCCUGGAAUACCCGGAAAAUAAGAUGUAUAACUAUAGGAAGGAUCUUUGGACACGCGCUGAAGAAUGGGACGCGAAGUACUUUACACUCGACGCUAUCCCGAAAAGGAAAGAUGCCCGCGCAAUGAUAAAGGAGCUCGGGAAGGGGAUCAAUAGUAGCACCGCGGCAGCGCGAGCACCGCUGGCGCCGCUGGAGCCGGGCAAGACUCAGCCGAGCGACAGCAAGCUGAAAUGGGGCAGGAUCGACAUUCUUGAGGCCCGUUACCUGCGGGCGCUGCGCACGCUGCUGGUGGUGCGGUCGCAGAGCCUGAGGCCGGAGCAGGUGCGCAGAGAGCUGUCGGCCCGGCUCGACACCUGGAUCCUCAACGAGCGGAUUUGGAACGCCGCGGAUAGAAAGAGCGGGGGGGAGGAUGACAGAAUAGCCGCACGGAGAGCGAACAUCACGGCGUGGCGUCAGCUACAGCAGGAGCUGGAUCAAGACGUAGAUGACGCCGAACCGGACGACAGCGGGGAUGACGACGCGGUUGACGACGCGGUUGACGGUGACGAUGAGCCUGCAGCUCCGGCCGCUGGCGCCCCGCCCUCGAUCAGCGAAGGAGACGUGACGUAUGGCGCCGCGCGCCUGCGCGAGGUCCUCCGCACUGUUCGCCCCGGCAGGACGUCGUUCGUCGACCCGAGAUCCGAACGGCUGCGGGAGCAGAUGCUCAGAGACGCUGUGAAGAGAGCCGGGAGACCAGCGAAACCUGACAAGGGCAAGGGCAAGGAACCUGCUGGCAAGGGCAAGGGCAAGGGCAAGGCAGUUGACGAGGACGAGGCCGAGGCCGUGGACCCCCUCCGGGCCACGUUCACGGGCACAAGCGGCCCGCCGGACCAUGACGGACUUCCCCGAGAUACUGUCUGGCAGAGGAUCCUGUACAUGAUUAUCCUGACGCAGUGGCGCUUCAUUCAGGCCAAGGAUCUGGUGCGGGAUUAG